GUGUCCUGCAAAGCCUUUUCAAAUUGAAAUGGUGAUUGGCUGGCCAAGGUUAAUAGGAGUGUUGGAAAAUAAAUAGGUUAUUGAUUGAUAAUAACAAUACGCUGACUGCAGCCUUACUUCCUGGCCUUCCCUGACCCAAUAUUACAGAAAAUCCAGUUAGCAUCUCAUUAUGACCAGCUGGCUGGCGGAGGGGGCAUUCAUGAGCCGAUGACGAGGGCCGAGGAAGAGGAUGGGCAUAGGCUGGGGGUUGAGAGCCAGGCUGGCCCCUAGUUAUUGUGGGUGAACUGCAGCUCAGGCAACCCCCCCCCCUCCAUGGGCCUUGGGAGAGUGGCCCCUUGGGCACUGGUGGAUCAUUGAUGUGGUUUCUCAGGCUGCCUCAGUUGGUCUUCAGACAGGGCAGCCCCUCCGUCUCUCCUGGCUCUGGAGAGGCUGCCCGGAGCCGUCAGAGGAGGACCAGUUGAGACAGUCUUCCCUCUUCUUUCCUGGGGUUGCAAGCCAGUUUUCAUUUGCCAAGCUUUGCUUUAAGAGCUUCCACAGAACCAGAUUGUAGCCACAACCUGCCAGGAGGCCAGAAUCCUCCCAAAAGAACAUUCCAAGGGACAGAGAGGGAAGGUGGCCUCAGUGGGAGGAGAUGCCCAGGAAACCAGGUCUUUUGCCCAGCACCUGCAGGGGAAGCCAGGCUGGGCCCAGAAAAGGUUGCCAGGUGCCUGGGGCAGCGCAGCCUCCGAGCCCACCUUACCUCCCAAACCUUCUUCCUGCAUUAGGUGAUGCCUGGGAGGGGCGUUGCAUGUGGGGGCAACUGGCGGGAAGCAGCAGCAGCAGCAGCAACACGGGGGGGGCGCGGGAGGGGGGUCCGGGUCUUGGGGAACAAACGGAGGCCAAUAAACGGUUUGUUGGGCGACAGCGCCCCCUCGCCAAGCCCGGGACCAUCCUGCCCGCGCCCCAACCGGGCAACGCGGGGGCCGCAGCAGAGGAGGUCGGCUGCUCAGCUGAGCCAGGCGAGGCGUUUCCUUGCUGAAGUCGCCACCUGGUGCCCGAAGUGCCUGCUCGGCGGCCUUUCCUUCCAGGGCCGCAGUGAGAAGGGAGCCUCCCCGGGAAGAGCCAGGCAGCCUCCGAAGGAAACUCGCUACGGCCCCGAGACCGCCAGCGCCCGCCGGAGGGCAUUGACCACCGGGGGCUCCAAGUCCGGCUCUGAACAGCCGGGGCGCUUCGGCUUCCCGGGGUCCAGGAGGGGCGACAGCGUCCCGGGCGGUGCGUGGAGGGUCCCGGCUGCGAUGCCACCCGCGAAGGGGCUCUUUCCGGAGCGGGCUGGAUUCCCCUCCUUUUAACGGUUGGCUGUUGGGCUGAGAGGGAGCAACGAGCAAGCAGGAAAAUGACCUCUUCCAGCGAAGUGUCCAGAUGUUGAAGGUGGCGCAACCGCUGGUCCCAUGUGGAGGAGGCGAGGAUGCGGCUGACCGUGAGACGGGUGCUGAUGGGGGUGGGCUUCGCCAUUGCCCUGAUGGUCUCCGUCCACCUGGGCCAGCAGAUGCUGCAGUGCCAGCAGAUGCUGGGCCAGGGCCUCAGCCGGGCCCUCAUGCGUCCCGAGAGCGAGGAGCUGGUGAUGCUGGACUCUAACCGGGUCGAGUAUCGCUACAGUAAGGAGAUGCCGCUCAUCUUCAUCGGUGGGGUUCCUCGGAGCGGGACCACCCUCAUGCGAGCCAUGCUGGACGCGCACCCCGAGGUGCGCUGUGGGGAAGAGACACGCAUCAUCCCACGGGUGCUGGCCAUGCGCCAAGCCUGGUCCCGAUCCGGGCGAGAAAAGAUGCGCCUGGACGAAGCCGGGGUAACGGACCAGGUGCUGGAUGCGGCCAUGCAGGCCUUCAUCCUGGAGGUGAUCGCCAAACACGGGGAGCCGGCCCGCUACCUCUGCAACAAGGACCCCUUCACGCUCAAGUCCUCCAUUUACCUCUCCCACCUCUUCCCCAACUCCAAGUUCCUGCUGAUGGUGCGCGACGGGCGGGCCUCCGUCCACUCCAUGAUCACCAGGAAGGUCACCAUCGCUGGCUUCGACCUCCGGAGCUACCGGGACUGCCUGGGCAAGUGGAACAAAGCGAUCGAGGUGAUGUAUUCCCAGUGCCUGGCCAUCGGGCGGCUGCGCUGCCUCCCCGUCUACUACGAGCAGCUGGUUCUGCACCCCCAGAAAUCCAUGCGGGCCAUCAUGGACUUUCUGGGCAUCGCCUGGAGCGACGCUGUCCUGCACCACGAGGAGCUGAUUGGGAAGCCAGGCGGGGUCUCCCUGUCCAAGAUCGAGCGAUCCACGGACCAGGUGAUCAAGCCCGUGAACAUGGAGGCCUUGACCAAGUGGCUGGGACACAUUCCGGAGGACGUGGUGCAGGAGAUGGCUCAGAUUGCCCCCAUGCUGGCCAGGCUGGGCUACGACCCCUAUGCAAACCCUCCCAACUACGGCAGCCCGGACCCCAUGGUGAUCAACAACACCCACCGGGUCCUGAAUGGGGACUUCAAAACACCCGCCAAUCUGAAGGGGCACCUUCAGGGGACUCUGAAUACGACUGCUUUUCACUGACCAACCCAACGAUUUCCAGGUGCAAAUUGCUCCCCCCUUUUCUGAAGAGAAGAAAAUUUGCAAACAGUGGAAGUCUUUUUAUCCAAGCAUAUUGCUUGCUACCGAUAUUGCCAAAUCAAUGCUGUCUGUGAAAUACGUUUCAUUUUGCCAUUAAUUUGUCAAGUUUGGACUUUCCAGUUCUGGGAAAGAAGUCAUGUACCAAGUUUGGACAUUGCUCUGCCGUCAUAAAAAGGGAACCAUAAAGAACAUUGGGGGAAAUUUGAUACUUGUUUGUGGAACACAUUUUUCAGGCUCUGUAUUAAAACCAUCUUGUAAUUUUUGUUCUCUAAUUUGCAGACCUCAACUAGCUGUUUAUAUAUCCUCUUUAGAGCGCUUUCAGCCUUACUGGCACUUCUUUAAUUCUCUCUCCUCAGUAAUUUACCAAAUUAAAGAGAUUUAUUUAUUAAUUCCGAAAUAUAUA